GAACUGUCAGAGUAGAAUUCAAGUUCUUUUUGUAAGGGUUUGCCAGGGCUCGCCACUGGGUGAUUUGGGAUGUCCGAGAGAUGAAUCCCCUUUCAGCUAGUGACUCGGUCCUUAUUCGCUGUUCAGCAACGUCGCCUGGGCUUGGAAGGGCCCUGUGAUCCUCUGGCUUUACAAUGGGCAAUGCUGUUCAAAAACAGAAGCCCCCGAAACGAAGCCCGCUGUGCCCCUGGAAACAAGACUCUCAGCGUUCUCAUCUCUCCUCCUUCACCAUGAAGCUGAUGGACAAAUUCCACUCGCCCAAAAUCAAGAGAACGCCAUCAAAGAAGGGAAAACCAGCUGAGGUGUCUGUGAAAAUUCCGGAGAAGCCUGUGAACAAAGAGGCAACAGACAGAUUUCUACCAGAGGGCUACCCUAUCCCCUUGGAUCUGGAGCAGCAGGCAGUAGAAUUUAUGUCCACCAGUGCUGUGGCUUCCAGGUCUCAAAGGCAGAAGAACCUGAGCUGGCUGGAAGAGAAAGAGAAGGAAGUUGUCAGUGCCUUGCGCUACUUUAAGACCAUUGUGGACAAAAUGGCUAUUGAUAAGAAGGUACUGGAGAUGCUUCCAGGGUCAGCCAGCAAGGUGCUGGAGGCCAUCUUACCCCUGGUGCAGAGUGAUCCUCGAAUUCAACACAGCUCAGCCCUCUCCUCCUGCUAUAGCCGAGUGUACCAGAGUCUCGCCAACCUCAUUCGUUGGUCUGACCAGGUGAUGCUGGAAGGUGUGAACUCAGAAGAUAAAGAGAUGGUGACGACUGUGAAGGGGGUCAUCAAGGCUGUGCUGGACGGAGUGAAGGAGCUGGUCAGACUUACCAUCGAGAAGCAGGGACAUCCAUCUCCAACGAGCCCAGUGAAACCCAGUUCCCCAGCCUGCAAACCUGACGGCCAGUCUGAGCUUCCCCUGACAGAUCGAGAGAUGGAGAUUCUAAACAAGACAACCAGCAUGUCGCAGUCGACUGAGCUACUCCCAGAUUCUACAGAUGAAGAGGUCGCCCCCCCCAAACCCCCAUUACCUGGCAUUCGAGUGGUUGAUAAUAGCCCUCCACCAGCGUUGCCACCGAAGAAAAGACAGUCGGCUCCAUCCCCUACCCGCGUGGCUGUUGUGGCUCCCAUGAGUCGAGCCACCAGUGGCUCCAGUUUGCCCAUUGGAAUUAAUAGGCAGGACUUUGACGUGGACUGUUGCGCACAGAGGCGGCUGUCAGGAGGCAGCCACUCGUACGGCGGAGAGUCGCCCCGCCUGUCGCCCUGCAGCAGCAUGGGCAAACUCAGCCAGUCGGACGAGCAGCUGUCCUCUCCGGACAGGGACAGUGGGCAGUGCUCCCGGAACACAAGCUGUGAAACGCUAGAUCAUUAUGAUCCUGACUACGAAUUCCUUCAGCAAGACCUCUCUAACGCAGACCAGAUACCUCAGCAAGUGGCCUGUAACCUUAGCCCAUUGCCGGAGUCCUCGGGGGAGUCUGGGUCUCCGUUUCUCGGCCAUCCUUUCCAGUUGCCUCUGGGCAGCUGUCCCCAGCCAGAGGGACCCUCGACCCCAGGGCAGCAGACGGACACGCCGCCUGCUCUCCCCGAGAAGAAGCGCAGGAGUGCAGCCUCCCAGACCGCGGACAGCUCUGGCUGCAGGGUGUCCUACGAGCGACACCCCUCGCAAUACGACAACAUCUCUGAGGACGACUUGCAGAACCCAGCCUCGGUCCAGUCUGUCCCCUUCACGCCCUUUGCUGCUAUUCUCCCCUUCCAGCAAGGAGGCUCCUCAGCCUCGGUCGAAUUUGUGGGUGAUUUCACUGUUCCUGAAUCAACGGGUGACCCAGAAAAACCGCCUCCUCUACCAGAGAAGAAAAACAAACACAUGCUGGCGUACAUGCAGCUGCUCGAGGACUACUCGGAGCCGCAGCCCUCCAUGUUCUACCAGACGCCGCAGAACGAGCACAUCUACCAGCAGAAGAACAAGCUCCUCAUGGAGGUGUACGGCUUCAACGACUCCUUCAGCAGCGGGGAUCCGCAGGACCUGGCGCCACCCCCCGCCCUGCCCCCCAAGCAGCGGCAGCUGCAGGCCUCCUAUGCUGCUUCUUCCUUCUCCUCUGUCUCCUACUGUGUCCAGCAAACUAAAGUGGCCUUCACCCCCGAGGACAGCAGUGCCACUCAGGGCAUCAGUGUGUCCGUCUCUAACUCCUUUCUCAGCCGGCACGGCAACUUACCUGUGCCCUCGUAUAAAUCUGUGUUUAGGUCCUACUCCCAGGAUUUCGUGCCUCACAACCAAGCUUCCGUUCAACCUUUCCUUCCGUCUACCUCCUCUUCCUCUCCACAUUUCCCACCCGUCCACCAGUCUCAGAGCUCUGACUUAGCGGUGCCAACCGUAGCCAGUCCGCCUCCCAGCACCGUGGACGGGCCUCUUUCAUCUUCCCAGGAGAGCAACUUUCAUGGGAACACUGUCUGCCUUCCUUCCGAAACCUCUUUCACUGACUCGCCCCAGACGCCUUCGAGUGAGCACGCCAGUGAGGAAGCUGGUGAGGGUGAAUAUGUCAAUCUGUAUUCCUCUGGCCAGAGCAGCGAGGAGCGGGCCCCCUCUCGAGGAGAAUCACCAGCUGUGAAAGACGGACAUCCCAGAGAUCCCUCCUCGGUCGGCGGUGCUCCGGGGAAGGAAAGCAGAGACGGCGGGGAGAGGGCCCCAAAGUCACCAGAUGCUCCCGAGUCAGCUCAGGCAGAGGAGGAAGUGGACGAGCUGUCCCUCAUCGACCACAAUGAAAUUAUGGCGAGGCUGACACUCAAGCAGGAGGGUGAUGAUGGGCCAGACGUCCGUGGAGGAUCUGGGGAUAUCCUACUGGUCCAUGCUACUGAGACGGACAGGAAAGACCUGGUGUUGUACUGUGAGGCCUUCCUGACGACCUACAGGACCUUCAUCAGCCCUGAGGAGCUCAUCAAGAAGCUGCAGUACAGGUACGAGAAGUUCUCUCUCUUCGCUGACACGUUCAAGAAGCGCGUCAGCAAGAACACGUUCUUCGUGCUCGUGCGGGUGGUGGAUGAGCUCUGUCUCGUGGAAUUGACAGAAGAGAUCUUGAAGCUGCUGAUGGAGCUGGUCUUCCGCUUGGUGUGCAGCGGGGAGCUCAGCCUGGCCCGCGUGCUCCGGAAGAACAUCCUGGACAAGGUGGACCAGAAGAAGCUGCUCCGGUGUGCCAACUCCGACCAGCCCCUGGCAGCCAGGGGGGUAGCCGCCAGGCCAGGAACGUUGCAUGACUUUCACAGCCAUGAAAUAGCCGAGCAGCUGACACUGCUGGAUGCUGAGCUCUUUUAUAAGAUAGAGAUUCCUGAGGUUUUGCUUUGGGCAAAAGAGCAGAAUGAGGAGAAGAGCCCCAACUUGACCCAGUUCACGGAGCACUUCAACAACAUGUCCUACUGGGUCCGGUCAAUAAUCAUGUUACAGGAAAAGGCCCAGGACCGGGAACGGCUGCUCCUGAAGUUCAUCAAGAUUAUGAAGCACCUACGGAAGCUAAACAACUUCAACUCCUACCUGGCCAUCCUCUCGGCGCUGGAUUCGGCGCCCAUCCGCAGGCUGGAGUGGCAGAAGCAGACCUCGGAGGGCCUAGCAGAGUACUGCACGCUGAUUGACAGCUCAUCCUCCUUCCGCGCCUACCGGGCCGCCCUCUCUGAGGUGGAGCCACCGUGCAUCCCGUACCUGGGGCUCAUCCUCCAGGACCUCACCUUCGUUCACCUGGGAAACCCAGACUACAUUGACGGGAAGGUGAACUUUUCCAAACGGUGGCAGCAGUUCAACAUCCUCGACAGCAUGCGGUGCUUCCAGCAGGCGCAUUAUGACAUCCGGAGAAAUGACGACAUCAUCAACUUCUUCAACGACUUCAGUGACCACCUGGCCGAGGAGGCCCUGUGGGAACUCUCUCUGAAAAUCAAACCCAGGAACAUAUCAAGGAGAAAAACAGACCGGGAAGAGAAGACCUAGGAGCAGGUGCCAUGAGCGAGGAGAACGCUCAUGAGAGGCUCAGAGGGCGGCUCCAAGACCGGAAGGAACUUUGGACCUGUUACGUGGUGGCGGCGCCCCCUCCCUGGGCAGGCUGCAAGUCUCCCAGCCUCAGAGCCACAGGGCCCGGGUGGGAGCCCGCGGCAGCGUCCUGCCUCCCUCCUCCGCGAGAGCGGACCCCGCGGCCCACAGUGGACCAGCGGGCAGGUCUCAGGACUGACGUGUGAGCCGGCGGUUUCUGCUUUCC